UGUUUACAUCUUAAAUUAAAUCAGUAACAAUCACUGAUCUGAAAGGAAACAAGAAAAAUGGAUUGUGUUGAAUAGAAAUAGGAGCAAGCUGAUGGAAAUGAAAGAAGUGUUCAGUAUUAAGACAUUAAAUAAUCUAAAAUUACUCAAGACAAUCUGCACACUACAUGCAAUCUAGCUCAAUAUGACAAAUUAUGAUGGACAAAUAUCUUCUUACAAAACUGUUUCCAUUCUUGGACAAUGUUUUGAUUCAAAAGCCAUAGUUUAUCUUGCAAAUCAUUUGCCUUCCGCUUCAUUGGUCGCUAUAAAGAAAUUCGACAUGGAUAAAGUCAGGGGGGAGGUUAAACUAGUAGAAAGAGAAAUCAUCCUUACCAGACAACUGAACCAUCCCAAUAUAAUUUCUUACCACACUGCAUUUGUUGCUAGCUCAGAGGUAUGUGUUGUUAGUCCUUUGAUGGCUUAUGGAUCUUGCAGAGAUUUAUUGUGCAGACAUUUUAAUGAAGGAUUAAUAGAGCCUUCCAUAAUCAUGAUAAUACAAGAUGUCUUGCAGGCUUUGGUUUACAUACACAAAAAGGGUUACAUUCAUAGGGCUAUAAGAGCUAGUCAUAUUCUGAUAUCUGCUACAGGUCAGGCCUGUGUAACUGGGUUGAGGUAUGCCUGCCCAAUAAUUAUUAAUGGCAAGUGGCAGAGGAGCAUUCAUUCUUUCCCUGCAACCACAGAAAAAAAUCUCAAUUGGUUAAGCCCAGAAAUAUUAGAACAAAAUCUUUUAGGUUAUAAUGAGAAAUCAGACAUCUACAGUGUUGGAAUGGUGAUAUGUGAGUUAGCAAAUGGUUCAGAACCAUUUGCUGGUAUGUCAAAAACAUUGAUGCUGACUGAAAAAGUAAGGGGCAUAACCCCACAGUUACUUGACAGAACUACAGUAUCUAAGGAUGAAAAUUUAGAUUGUGGAGGAGACUGUGAGCUGAGUCCUAGUAUUUUGAACCGUCGAUUCAGUGAUGAUCUGCAUGAAUUAGCAGGGCUCUGCUUUACAAGAGAGCCUUAUGACAGGCCUACUGCUGCACAAUUAUUAACACAUCCAAUUUUCAAAACUAUUAGGAAAUCUCUACCUUUACCAGAGUUAUUGAAGCCUGCCUUGCCUCUCAGUGAUAGAGUAGGGUAUGAUACAGAAGAAAUGGAAGUUUUUGAUUCUAUCAGUAGAUUGUCAAAUUUGAAUUUGUAUUCCUGUGAAUGGGAUUUUUGAAAAUUGUGCUCAUGUUAUAGUAGAUUCUUUGAUUCUUAUACAUAAAAGACUGGAAACUAUUGAGACAUACAAUAAGGAAUGCAUUUUUGUGUAAAUAUGAGAUUUUUUAGAAAAUUCAAAUGAAAAAACUAUGUACCUAUAUGAUGAUCUAUUUAUUUUGUAUGUAAUCAUGAACCUAUAAUAGAUUCAGUUUGUUAUAAAUUUGUUUUUAAUUGAA